AUGUCUCCAAAACGUAUCCUCGUCAUAGCAGACUCCGAUAGUUCUGGUGUAAGCGGCCUCGAAGCCGAUCAGAAAGUCAUCGCCGCUCACGGAUGCUACGCCGUCACCGCGACGACUGCUUUGACAGCGCAUGGUCCUGGGAGCGCAUUGGAAACGUGUAGUCCAUCCGUGGCAUUUGUGAAGGCGGCGAUUGACGGCUGCUUCGAUGGUGGUGGGGUGGAGGUCGUCAAAAUUGGCUUUUUGGCUUCGGCAGAAAUUGUCCAGAUCGUAGUUGACGCCUUGAGACGCCAUGGCCCGAGAUUCGUGGUCCUCGAUCCCGUCGUGGUGUCUAUGAGCGGAACGCAGCUCCUGUCAGAUGAGGCAGUGCAUAUUAUCCACACGCAGUUACUCCCGCUGACCACGGUAUUGACGCUAAGCAUUUCAGAGGCAGUACUGCUAUUGGAUAAGGCGGGAGCUCUUCACCAACCGGAUGUCCGCAAUCUGGACGAUCUGACUCAUCUUGCUAAAGCGCUGCAUAGUCUCGGACCGGAUUUUGUUUUGUUGAAAGGGGGCCAACUACCUCUGACGGGGAAUCUCGACGUACCGAAACACGACUCUGAUAAGCAGGUUAUUGUAGACGUUCUCUACGAUGGAACGGAUGUCAGCCUCAUCAAGACGGCAUAUGUCGGUGCGAGUCUUCCGCUGGGGGUUGAAUAUGCUUUUGCUUCUGCAAUCGCUUCGAAUCUCGCCCUCGGGGACGCCGUGCCGUCGGCCACUCAGAAGGCGUGCCGAUAUGUCGAGGCUGGGAUUAGCAAGGGAAAGGGCCUGAUCGACUACUUCCACUCUACAUAUACUCUUCCGUUCUCUCCGGGAUACUUCAUCGAAUACCUCCUGAAUCGCGAGGAUGUGAAACCCGUGUGGCAUGCUCACGUCCACCAUGAUUUCGUGAAGCGCAUUGGCGAUGGGACGUUGCCGGUUGAGAAGUUCAAGGGGUAUCUCGUCCAGGAUUACCUAUUCCUGGUGCAAUUCGCAAGAGCCAAAGCUCUCAGCGCGUACAAGACGAAUUCGAUGGAAGACAUUGCUGCGGGCGCAGAAGAAAUCCUCCAUAUCCAACGCGAAAUGUCCCUCCACCUAGACUACUGCGCCGAAUUCGGACUCUCGAAGAAAGAGGUUGAGAAACAGGAAGAACAUCAAGCUUGCACAGCCUACACCCGCUACGUCCUCGACAUAGCGCACUCCGAAAGCUGGUUCGCGCUACAAAUGGCUUUCGCGCCUUGCCUUCUGGGCUACGGCAUCAUCGCAAGAAGGUUGUGGGACGACCCGGAAACCGUGAAAGAGCAGGGCAAUCGGUACUGGAAGUGGAUACAGAAUUAUGUGGCGGAUGACUAUCGGGCGGCGGUUGAAGCUGGGGAAGGUGCAUAUACCUAG